AUGUCGACCCCCCGCGCUGCCCUCGGCAUGCUCCCGCUCGUGUUCCUCGUCGGCGGCGCCCGCGGCUUCGGCUACAGCCAGACCGUCGACAAUUGCGCGGAGACGCCCCACACCUUCGACCGCUCGUGUGUAGAGGACUGCCCGCAGUGCACGCCGAUCGCCGUCACCGAACGGGGGCAGGACCUGAGCGACGCGACCGAGUGCGUGUGCAUUGAGGGCAGCCUCAUGGGCGAUGAUGAUAGUAGUGAUGAUGACGCAUCGAAGUCGUGGACGCUGACGCCGUACGACGACUGCGCGUUCAUCUCGAACCUCGGGGAGUACGUGGCGCUCCACGCCGGCGCCGGGAACGACGUCGUGGACGUCAAGCUGGCGUACCGCUAUAGCAUCAUCGACGCCGGCGCCGGCGACGACGACGUCUCGGUCAUGUCCGCGGAGAGCAAGAAGAUCGACGGCGGCGCCGGCGACGACGCGAUCUACGCACUCAGGGUGGGAGGCCAAACAGGCAACGAGCUCCGCGGCGGCAAAGGCGACGACACGAUCACGCUCGUGUAUUCCAGCGUCGACGUCUUCGGCGACGCCGGCGACGACGCGAUCUCGGUUACAGCCAGCUCGUAUUCGCAGCUCUUCGGCGGCGACGGCGACGACACGAUCGACAUCGGCUCCGACGAGGGCGACGACGUGAUCACCGCGAACCUGUUCACAGGAAGCAUGUCGGGCGGGGCCGGGGACGACACGCUGAGCGUGUACUGCGGCGACUGCACGGUUAUCACUGGCGGGGGCGACGACGUCGUCUCCAUCGGCAACGCGCGAGAAUUCAACGCCGAGCUCGGAGGUGGCGACGACGCGCUCACGAUCGACAUGCUGACCGGCGGAACUCCUUAUGACAUCCGCGGCGGCAACGGAGACGACGACAUACACAUCAAGAACGCGAAGUAUAUCGACGACCAGGGGGUGUACAUCGACGGGAGCAAGGGCGACGACAAGAUCACCGUCGACUACUUGGGCGAGAAAGCCGACUACGUGAGCAUCGACGGCGGCGGCGGCGACGACGCGUGCACUUUGCAGGGGACCGCGGUCGAGUGCGAAGUUGCAGAGGACGACGACGACGGCGGGGCCGUCCCCGUGACGUGCGAAGGCUGGGGCCAGGGGUUCUUCUGCGACUGUGCGGGCGACUGCGAGAGGGAGGAGGCGUGGUGCCAGUGCGACGAGGCGCAGGCCUGCUGCGCCCGGUAG